AUGAUGGUUGGGGAGCAACGCCAGCAGCAGCAGCCAGUGGGCCACGGCCACGGCCGCAGUCCGGUGUUUGAGGCUAGUUAUAUGCAACAACAGCAGCAGGCCAACUUUUCUUCGUCGUCGUCGUCGUCGUCGUCUUCGGAGUCAACGCCGGUGGCUAUAGCUAUGGCAGCAGCUGCAUCUACAGCUGCUGCUAGCUCGAAAAACAGCCAGACCAGUAGCAGCGGCAGCAGCAGCAGCAAAAAUAGCAAAAGAGACGGCACCAGGCCCUACAAGUGUCCGCACUGUGACAAGGCGUUCCACAGACUAGAACACCAAACAAGACACAUUCGGACCCACACGGGCGAAAAGCCACAUCUCUGUAAAUUUCCCGGCUGCUCGAAAAAAUUUAGCAGAUCGGACGAGUUGACAAGACACUUGAGAAUACACGCUAAUCCAAACUCAAGAAAGAACAAAAAGUCAUCCUCGUUACUAGACUUGAACAAGAGCGAUGCGCGAGAUCAGAUUGUGUUUGAAACUAUUAUUGACGAUGGCCAAAAAAGUGCUCCUAGUCAAGCCCUGAAGCAAGCUGAACCUGGUACCGCCCUGUACCAUGAUAAUACUGGUAAUAACAACAACAACAACAACAGCAACCCUAAUAAUAGUUCGCCGCCUUCAUCACCGUUGAUGUCCACGAUCCAAAUCAAAGGACAACUGCAACAAGAAGACCAUGCACUUGAAACUAAGCAUCCACAACAGCCGCAACCACUCACACCAAACGCAACUCCCACAUUGAAACCAAAAGCAAGAAGAUCGGGUUCUGCCAAUCACAUACCCACCGCCACCACCACCACCAACAAAGAAAACCAGGAUUCGUCCGUUUCAAUGGCAAAACAUCCAUCUAGUAUCGAUAUAUUGGCUCUGGCUGCAACGCAGGAAUUGCAAAUCAUGGAAUCAUCUAAAUCAUUACCGUCACUAACCGACCAUUUCAAGUUGAAACAAAGACUUUUGAACUUGCCCACAAAUGCAAUAACCUCUAACUUCACCUUGUCUUCGCCAUCACCUGCCACUACCAAGUUUUCAUUCCACACUUCAAAUUACGACUCCACCCCAUCAACUUCAGCAUCAAACCUAUAUCCGAUUUUCCAUUCUAAUAAUAAUAAUAAUAGUAAUAAUAAUAAUCACGAAAGUUUGCAAUAUUUGUCCAAUGUUGCUAGCCGGUUUUCAUCAAAUCCUAGUAAUCAAUUCACAAGAAUGAUUUCAAUCCAAGAUAACUUCAUCAACAAUAACAAUAACAACAAUGCAACGAUACAACCACAACCAAGACGCAAGACCCACAUUUCUCAUGAUUCGGAUAUCGACUAUAUAAGACAAAAAUUGAAGAAAUCGAGGCCAAACAGUCCCAAAUUUUACCAGUAUGGUAAUAACAACAGUUUCCAUGGUACAACAGCUCACCACCUGAACCAGUAUAACCACCUGAAUCAGCAUCAUCACCAACAACAACAUCAAACAUUACCAAACUCGCCCAUAUUGGGGUUGUCAACAAACUCAACUCCGUUGAUAUCGGCAAACAACAGUUGUACAAAUUUGACGUUAUUGACCAUGACCCCAGUUGUUAAAACUACUUCUACCACAACAAACUCCACUACUAAUCGUAGUUCCAACGGUGCCGUGGGAUUCAAUAUAUCGCCAUCGUUAAAUCGUUCGAUAACACCGCCGCCUUUACAUCGGUCUCAAUCACCAAAACUGCAUUUAAAUUCAACAACACCGAAAAUAUCUCCUCAUUCAAAUGAUGCACUUCCAAGUUUCAAAAGUUUAAACUUACCCAUGUAA